CUCUCCGCUGUCUCUCUCCUUUCUCUCCCAACAUUUCUUCUACUUAGACAUAUAGAUCAAUUCAAAAUACCCAUCAAGAAAGUCUUAGUUUUUGGCAAUCUUCUUCUUCUUCUUUUAGUAGCUCUCCUUCUAGUAUCAUUCCCAUAUCCAUCACAGUCCCAUUUUCUCCCUGUUCCUCAUCUUAUAUACACAGAAACACCCAUUAUUGUUUAUUAUUAAGAGAUACAUACAUCUAUAUAAUACUCAGUAUUAUUGUAGAAAAAGGGGGUAGUCGUUUGUGGAGUGAAUUGGGUCUGUGAAGAUGAGCGGUGGUGGGUUUAGGGUUUCAAUCCACGCCAGUGUUAAGAAGACGAUCCAGAACAUCAAAGAGAUCACGAACAAUCACAGUGAUGAGGAGAUUUAUGCAAUGCUCAGAGAAUGUUCCAUGGAUCCCAAUGAAACCACUCAAAGGCUGCUGCUUCAGGAUCCUUUCCGUGAGGUUAAAAGAAAACGUGACAGGAAGAAAGAGAAUUCGAACAACAAAGAGUCAGAGUCUCGGUGGAGGUCUGGUGCACCAGGGAGGGGUAGCAGGGGUGGUAGGGGAAAUUUCUCCCCUCGUUACCUGGCUAAUGAUGCUGGUAGUGCCAAGAAUUCUGCUUCUGGAAAGGACAGUGGAACCAAUCAAGUCUCAGAAAAAGGUGUCAGCCCAUCAUUGUCUUCCUCACUGGAGACAAAAAAUAAGGAAUCAACUGUGAUGGUCAGCUCUGUAACUGUUAUGGCCAAUGGUCCUGCUAGUCUUGCUUCAGUAACCCCACCUGUACCUGCAAGAAGUGGUGUAAACCAACUUGAAGUAAGUUCAUCAUCUAAUGACAUCAAUAAGCUAGGGAAUGUCCCAUCUAAUGUUGAUACGAGCAAAAACCAUAUAAUUGCAUUCGGAACCGGGGACACAAAUGGACAUCCUGCAGCAAGCUCUAGUAACUGCUCCAUGUUGACAGCUUCAGCACCUUCAUCAGCAGUCUGUUUCUCAUCUUCAGAUCCUGUACUGAUGCCAUCAAAUGACUCUCGUAUCCCUGGUACUGCAGGCACUAUUAAACGUGAAGUCGGAAGCCAUCGUGCUUCUACUGAAAUAAAUGCUGAUAUCCCUUCUGAAAACAAAUUAACUGCUGCUCCUGAGAACAGGACCACUUUCAUACAAGCAAAGUUGCCAAGCAAGUCCCAGGGAGUCUCAAAAAAUCAGCUCAGAGAGGCCUCAACUUCAUCAACACUAGGUGGCUCUUCGGUCAGUAGGCCUCCAUCCAAUUACAGUAGUCGCUUGCAACAAAUUGGUCCUCAGAAAGUUGGCUCAAUUAAGGAGUGGAAACCAAAGCAAAUAAACUUGAAUGUUGUACAAGGAUCUGUUAAAGGUGAUGCAUCUGAAGUCCCUGCUGCUUCAAUUGAAGCCAGUUCUCAGCCACAGCCUAUUUCAAGUGUUCUGGACUCAGAAGAAGCAACUUCAAAAUUGCAUAAGAAGCUGGAGGAGUUGCAUCUCCCACAACGUCAACAUGUUAUAAUUCCAAACCAUAUUCAUGUUCCUGAAUCUGAAAGGAACAAGUUUAGUUUUGGAAGUUUUGAUGCUAGUUUUGGAGUAACGUCAAGCUAUAAUGCUGGUCCUGAGAGUGAUAAGACCUCUACACCUCUGUCUGAGACUUCUCAGGGCAUUGCAGAAGUCAUGGAUGAACAGGUUACAAGUAACCCAAAUGCACUGGCAUCUGUGGGGGAAGAAGAUUAUCCUGAUCAGCCACUAUCUCCCACACAUGCACCAGAAAAUUUGUCUGGUCAGGGUGAUGUCUCUGCCGGUUCUGUUCCUGAAUUCAGUGAAAGCAAGCAGGAGAGUUCAUUGCUGUCUGGAGGCCAACAUAGCUCUGUGGUCCAGACUUCUCCCAACUAUAGUUUUGGUUUUCUGCCCUCCAUGUUAGGGGGUCAGUUUGCACAGUUUGAAAACUCUGAAUCUCAAGCACGUGAUGUUUCUCGCCUUCCAAGUUUUGUUGUGCAACAACCAAUUGAUCCAGCAGGUUAUUAUGCUCAAUUUUACCGGGCUGCUCCUGAUAAUGAUGGCUGUGUUUCUCCUUUUCCAUCCCCUGGAGUUGCCACUAAGUACAAUGGGAAUGCUGCAUUGCUGCCUCCAUCUUCUCAGUCUUCUCAAGAGGGUACAAACUCUUUGGUUCUGACUACAGCUUGUCCAACUCCACUGGUGACUCAAGCCGCUGGGCUUAUGCAAAGUUCUAUAGCUGUGACUCAGCAACCAGUCCCUGUGUUCCGUCCACCACCUGGAGUGCAUAUCCCUCAAUAUCCUUACAUUCCAUAUGGCCCCUAUUUCUCACCUUACUAUGUUCCUUCCCCAGCCAUGCAUCAAUAUUUGAGUAAUGGCACUUUUCCUCAGCAACCUCAAGCUGGUAGUGUAUACCCAUCUCAACCAGCAGGAACUAUAACAGGAGUCAAAUUUUCUCUUCCUCAGUAUAAACCGGGAACUAACAUGGGAAACUCUACUCAUAUUGCAAUGCCAAGUGGAUAUGGGACAUAUGGUUCCUCCCCAGCUGGUUAUAAUCCCAGCUCAGCUUCCACAACUGGGAAUUCAACAACAAAUGAGGAUCUUGCUGCAUCUCAGUUCAAGGAAAGCAACGUCUACAUCGCUGGGCAGCAGAGUGAAGGAUCAGCUGUAUGGAUUGCUGCUCCUGGCCGCGACAUGUCCAGCUUGCCUCCAACUUCAUUCUAUAACCUUCCACCACAGGGUCAGCAUGUAACCUUUGCUCCGACACAGGCUGCUCCUGGCCCCUUCUCCAGUAUCUAUCACCCUGCCCAGGCAGUCUCAGCAGCAACAGUUCAUCCUCUUCUACAACAGUCUCAGACAAUGGCUGGAGCAGUUGAUAUGGUGGGACCUGCAGCUAGUGUUUAUCAACCGCCACAACAUGCUCAAAUUAAUUGGCCCAGUAGCUACUGAAACAGUGAUGAAUGUGUUAUUUUUCGUAUACCAGCAAAAACAACAAUUUCAUGUCCAUCCAAUCUUGGGAUAUUUUUGGGAAAUCCAACAAGUUUGCUCCGUUCAGACACAGAACACAUCCAGAGGAGACAAAAUUGGCCAAAGGUGAGUGUAAAUCUAAUUAAUUAAGGAGGCCAGAGGUUAGGGUAAAAAUUCUUCUGGUUGCUUGGGUUGAGACUUGAAAGCAUAAAAGGUCUGGUUCGCCUGUAACUGAUAUUGACCAUUCUUAAGUUAGUUCAGUUAGGCAAGUGCAGGUGUUUCUCUUCUUGCUAUCUGGAGUUACCAGUUUUCCAUUUCAUAGUUCCAAGCCUCAUUUUUGAACUCUUAGAACCUACAGUUGAUUGUUGAGAGUCUUUCAGUUCAUUUUUUCCCCUAUUAUCAAGGUAUUAUAGGGUUCUGGGAGUUAUGAUGUUAGGUCAAUGGAAAAAUUUUCCAUCCCCUUCUUCUCUUGUUUCCAUUGACAUACUUGUAAAGUGAAUUUUGAUAGCAAGGAAAGAAUGUACUGAAUUGUUGUAAUUGGUAUAAGCAAAGGCGAACCGUUUCAAUUAUUUCAUAGUAAAUGUAGGAUAUCCAA